CACCCGCCGGUUAUACCUAUUUUAUACUGCAUGAGGAAGUAAAGCUGACGGGUUAUAUUUAUCUGCUCCGCUACCACAGCACCCUUUCCAUUUUUAACUCUAUACAGGCCAAACAACUAACACAAUGGCUGAAGCUGACAUCGCACUGAUAGGAUUGGCCGUCAUGGGUCAGAACCUUAUUCUGAAUAUGAAUGACCAUGGCUUUGUGGUAUGUGCUUACAAUCGCACCGUGUCAAAAGUUGAUCACUUCCUUGAGAAUGAAGCUAAAGGCACUAAGAUCAUUGGAGCUCGCUCACUCGAAGACAUGGUAAAGAAACUGAAGAAGCCACGUCGGGUGAUGAUGCUGGUGAAGGCUGGAUCAGCAGUAGAUGCCUUCAUUGAUAAACUAGUUCCAUUACUGGAGAAAGGGGACAUCAUCAUUGAUGGAGGUAAUUCCGAAUACACCGAUUCAAGGCGACGGCAUUUAUCUCUCAAAGAAAAAGGUUUGUUAUUUGUUGGUAGUGGAGUCAGUGGUGGGGAAGACGGUGCACGAUACGGUCCAUCACUUAUGCCAGGCGGUGCACCAGAAGCAUGGCCUCACAUCAAAGACAUCUUUCAGGGCAUUGCUGCUAAGGUAGACUCUGAGCCCUGCUGUGAUUGGGUCGGGGAGGAUGGUGCUGGACAUUUUGUAAAAAUGGUGCACAACGGCAUCGAAUAUGGUGACAUGCAGCUUAUCUGUGAAGCAUACAGUCUCAUGAAGGACGCACUUGGUAUGUCAUCGGAUGAAAUGAGCAAGGUUUUGGAAGAAUGGAACAAAGGUGAGUUGGAUUCCUUCCUCGUUGAGAUUACAAAGGACAUAUUGGCCUUCAAGGAUGAGAAGGGUGACUACCUGGUGGAAAAGAUCAAAGACUCAGCUGGACAGAAAGGAACUGGUAAAUGGACAGCAAUCUCUGCCCUAGAGUAUGGCAUGCCUGUCACCCUCAUUGGUGAGGCUGUUUUUGCUCGUUGUCUGUCGUCGCUUAAGGAUGAACGAGUGUUGGCAAGUUCUGAGCUGUCUGGUCCAGAAAAGACUAAAUACGAGGGCGACAAACAGCAGUUUAUAGAGGAUAUUCGUCAGGCCCUGUAUGCUUCCAAGAUAGUCUCAUAUGCACAAGGUUUCAUGUUAAUGAGAGAGGCAGCAAAGGAAUUCGGCUGGCAUCUUAACUACGGCGGUAUUGCCCUCAUGUGGCGUGGAGGCUGUAUCAUCCGAAGUGUAUUCCUUGGAAACAUCAAAGAAGCCUUCGAUAAGAAUCCCACCCUACAGAAUCUGCUCCUUGAUGACUUCUUCAAGAAAGCGAUCAUAAAAUCCCAGGCCUCAUGGCGUAAGGUCGUGUCUACAGCCGUGCUCUUGGGCAUCCCAACACCAGCCUUCAGCACCGCUCUGGCUUUCUACGAUGGCUAUAGAUCAGCUAAGCUUCCAGCUAACCUUAUUCAGGCCCAGCGUGACUACUUCGGUGCACAUACCUACGAACUGUUGUCCGAUCCUGGAAAGUUUGUCCACACAAACUGGACAGGGCAUGGUGGCAAUGUCUCAUCAAGUACCUACAAUGCAUAAAUUUGUUUUACAAAAGGUGAAUGGUCAGCAGCAGUAAAGUUUCUUAACAUCGUAAUAAGCAUCAAAUCUAAAAUGUGAAAUUGAAAACCACCUUUAGUAAAUAUUUAGUAAUUUUUUUACAAUAUAUAUAUGUAUAUCAAUUUGGUGGGGGAAAUAUUAGCCUUAGUAUCAGAUUUGAAAAUUUUGGAGAACAAAGUCUAAAAUUAUAUUGUUUUACAAAUUAAUACUUUUUUAUUUAUAACAUUUAUUAGAAAUAUACAUUGAAAUUUAAUAGAAAUUUGGUUUAUAAAUAUUAUUGAAAUUUUUAUAAAUGUACUUUGAAAUCAUGAUACUUAAUGCUGUAUUCCAAAUACCUUUGAUUCCAGUUAAAAAUAAAAUACAUUGAGAAUGAAUUUUUUUGGAAAUUCUUUCAGGUAUAGAUAAAGAUCUUGCCCUCCUAUUUUUGUAUGAUUCUCAUAAAAGAACAGUAAUAACAAAAACAAAGUCAGAAUAUCCAGUGUUAUAUUUUCUGCCAACGUAGCAUUCCUCAGUCAUGAAAAUAUUAGAAUAUAAUUUUAAGGUAUAUGAUAUUAAGAGUAUAUUUUGUUAGUUUUUAAUAUAACAUGUCCUCGAACUCCUGUUUUUGUUCCUAAUUAAAGAUAGGUGUGUUUUAGAAUAAUUCUAAACUUUUGGUAGUCAAAUGCCGUCAGAGUAGGUAUAUAUGUGAUAUAUUAAUUGCCAAAAAUUCCAGAAACUGAGACGCAAGUUUACAUUUUGGAGAAAAUAGUAACUAUGUUGUCAUGACAAACAUUUUGAAGUCUAAUAUUUUGACUAUUAUAAUUACAUUGUAUAUCUGUCUAUCUACUGACAAAGUUAACAACAUAUGAAAACUGUAAGUUCCAAAACUUUUUAUUAUUUUGCUACUUUGUUCGGUGGGAACAUGUCAUACUGUCUUUAAAUUCCUAGAACAUUCCUAAAAUAAAUAUGAUAAAAGAUUAAA